GCGAGCUAGCUAGGGUUUGAGAAGACGAGGGCAAUGGAUUGGCGUAGUGGCCUAUGCUCCGAUGCGCGGAAUAAGAUCGUCAAGAGAAUAAUGGACACGCUCCAGAAGCAUAUGCCACACAAUCCGCCCGACGGCAUGAACGAGCUGCUCAAGAUCGCAUGCCGCUUCGAGGAGAAGAUUUACAUGACGGCGACGGAUCAGCAAGACUAUCUCCGGAGGAUAUCCAUGAAGAUGCUCUCGCUAGAGAAUAAGUCGUCCCAGAACAACAGCAACGCUCCCCCGUCAAAUCCGUCGGAUGCUUCUCAGAUGGUUUCUGGGACUUCGUCUCUCAUGGGUUCUCAGCAGCCAGGGCUCCAGCAGCAGCAGCAGCCCCAGCAAAUCCAGCAGCAGCAGCAGCAGCCGCCUCAGCAACCUCAAAUCCAGCAGCAGCUCCAGCAACAAAUCCAGCAACAGCAGCAGCAGCCCCAGCAACAGCAGCAGCAAAUCCAGCAGCAGCAACCACAGCAACAACAACUCCAACAGCAGCAGCAGCAGCAGCAGCAAUUACAGAUGAGACAAGCUCAAGGUCAAGCUCAAGUCCCGCAAAGUUUUGGCAACAACAUCCAACUGAGUGGUCAAGUCAGACCACAUCAGUCUUUGCAAGGGAAUCCCAUUGCGGCCUUGCCAGCACACCUGCAAGGACAACAAGCAAGCCUUGCCGGUCUCGGCCAGAAUUCAGCUGCCAUGAGAAUGAUGCAAGCUCGUCAAACUCAAGUGCAGCCACAGCAGCAGCAGCAGCAACAACAACAACAGCAGCAACAACAGCCUCAACAACAACCACAGCAUCAGCAACAACAACAACAGCCUCAAUCUUCACAACCUCCGCAUGUUGCUUCUCAGCAGAUGCUUUACCGGAUGCAUAUGAAGCAAAAGCAACCCGGCUUGCAACAGCAGCAGCAACCGACGAGUAUGGUUCUAAAACCUUCUGGGAUUAAUUCGCAGCAAAGUCUACUUCCGCAACAGCAGCAACAGCAGCCGCAACAGCAGCCGCCCGUGACCCUGUUGCAGCACCAUCAACAGCAGCAGCAGCAACAACAGCAGCUACCACCAUUGCAACAGCAGCAACAACAACAACAGCCACAGCUAGCUGGACUUUCUCAGCCUCAGUCAAAUAUGUCUCAGCAUCAACCAAGCUUGAUGCAACAGCAGCAACAACCGUACAUGCAGCAGCAACAGCAGCAGCCGAGUGCUCAAGCUUUGCACCAGCAGCAGCUCUUGAGCAGUGGCCAGCAGAUGCUUCAGCAACAAAUGCUUCAGCCGAAGCAGCAACAAGCACUGCCGCAGCAAAAUCAACCCCUCGGGAUGAUGCAACAACGUGCCGUGUCCGAAGCUUCCUCAGCUUCAGUUGAUUCGGGUCAGACAGCUCAGUCCGCUACCAUCGACCAACAAGAGACGGUGUGGAACAAGCUGCAAAACCUCAAGGACAAGUAUUUACCUGACAUGAACGAUCUUCGGAACAUGCUUGUUGCACGAAGUCAACAGUCAAUGCCCGCAGAUCAGCUGCAGAAGCUGAAUCAUUACAAGGACGUGUUAAGCCGAAUGAUUCCAUAUUUAUCUGCCUCGAGGACCAACCUUCCAAAGGAGUUCAGGCUAGACAAGCUAGAAGCCUUCGAGAAACAAAUUGUGAGUAUUAUGGAGACUUUUAAGAAGCGUAAGCUCCCUCAGCAACAGCAGCAGCAGCAAGUGCAACUUCAGCAGCAGCAGCACCAGCAGCAAGGAAUGCUUGGCGGUCAGAUUUCGUCCGUGCAGCAUCCGCCUGUCACAAUUCCGGGGCAGAAUACUGCUCAGCCCAACAUGAUGCACAGUCUAAAUCCUCUCCAGCAGCAGCAGCAGCAGCAGCAUGUGUUUAAGCAAGAUCUUCUACAGCAGCAGCAGAUGAAGAGAAUCCAACUGGCUCAGCAGCAGCAGCAAAAGUUGCAGCAAGCUUCCAACCUCGUCCUUCCUCUGCAGCAGCAACAACACCAGCAGCAACAAAUGCAGGAGGAUUCGAAGAUGGAUAUCCGAAGAAUGAUGGCGACUAAGCGAGUGCAGCAGCAGCAGCAGAACCAGCUGAAUCAGAUGAAAGUUGGAUCGCCUCAGCUGACUUCAUCUCCCCAGAUUCUGCAAGCUCCAUCGCCUCAACUGGCCCAGCAACUGUCACCGCAGAUAGACCAGCAGCAUGCUCAAGGUUUAACUACCGUCAAAGUUGGCACGCCUUUGCAAGCGGCGACACCACCGUUUAUGACUCCCUCUCCGUUGCUUCCGGUUGCUUCGCCACCAAUCGAGGACGCCGAGCAUAAAGCGGCUACUUCCGCUGUGUCCUCGAUAACGAGCUCCCAGCCGAUUGGCUACAACCAGUCCACCGCAACUCCAGUGAUUGGCACACCAGGCAUUUCGGCGUCACCUUUCUUGGAGUUUUCCCCGAGUCCUGCUCAAGUCGCUGGCUCGCAGGAUCCAGCGCCCGGGACUCCAUUUGGCCAGAAGGGCCUCGAUCCUUUGGAGAGGCUUCUUAAGAUCGUUAGCACGAUCUCUCCAAAAGCUCUCAGCGCAGGCGUGAGGGAAAUGAGAUCUGUCGUGAACUUGUCCGACAAGCUUGCGGCCUCAGCACCCGGCCCUGGUUGCAGAGCAGCUGUCGGGGAGGACUUGGCUGCAUUGACAAAGAGUCGUCAGCAAUCUAGAGCUUUGGCAUCAACGCAGGAAGGUCCAGCAGCUGCGAAGAAGGUCAAGCGUCAGCUCGAUUCCAUUGCGCUGACACUAAUCUCCUCGGAUGGAAGCGUUGUGAACAGUCUCCACAAAGGGGACGAGGCCGACCUUGAGUCAUCCGUCACAUCCGGGUGGAAGAGUCAAAAACUUGAGAUAAGUUAUGUCCUGGAGCAAGAAAUUCGCGACACGAAUGACCACCUCAUCGACACCGUCGUGGAUAUCAGUGAGGAUGGGACUGAGGAAGCAGCCUCCGAAGGCAAGGAAGGUCUUGUUCUUACAUUUUCGUACAACGGCCUUGAGAUUCCAGAAACGAUACAUCACAUGGCCGUUUUGUCACCGCUACGAGUACUCGUCCCUCCAACUUAUCCAAAGACUCCUCCGCUUCUAAUGUCCGACAAUUUUGAUCCAAACUCCAAUCACUUGCUGUCAGUGGUGGCUAGAGACUCGUUUGCCAGGGCGGUGAGGCUCGGUAAUUACACCCACCCUCUCACGAUCAAAGCCAUGGCCAGAGCAUGGGACGAGUGUGCUCGAAAGGUUGUCUCGGAGGCGAUUUACGGCAGCAGCGGUAGCAGCAACGGUGGUCCUUUCCUAAGCAGCAUCGGCGUUUGGGAGAACUGCGUAGCAACUUAGCUUCACGACAGUGUUAAUACAAGACGAGGUAGUGGAAGGUAAUUCGCGGAGUAAUGUAAGUUUGCUGCUAUAUAUACAGGUAUUUAUGCUAGAGCAAAGCCAGGGCGUCGUGUUGACUCAUUCGCGAAGCGCGAGAAACGCGCUUCGUUGGCGUGAACAGCUGAUGUUGUUGACUAGAGAAAUUACACAUACUUUUGGAUC